AUGUGCAAGUGUUAUCCUAAAACGAUGCUGGUUAACUGUACUGGAAGUGCUUUGUAUUAUGUUCCGGUUUUCCCGGCGUAUACGACUGUAAUAUUUACAAAGACAAACUUUCCGAAAAUAACGGGGAAGUUUUUGUUCAAUCUGACCUUAGUCCAAGUGGAAAGAUUACAUUUCAUCGAUAUUUUGACUAACAUGAUAGACCCGGAUGCAUUCACCAAUCUAACGAACAUGUUUACCUUGGAGAUCAGCAGAAAUGGUGACUUAUGGCAGAAUGUAAUAUCAAACAUUCUACAGUAUUCGCCUAGAAUACGAAUUCUUUCGUUAAAAUCCAAUGACUGGAAGACCAUUCGGAAAGACAUGUUCUCAGGAGUACAUAAUUCCUCAAUUCAAACGUUGUCCUUCAGUGACAAUUUAAUCGAGAAUAUAUAUGGAAGUUAUUUCUCUAGUUUGCAUUUUCUGCAAAAUUUGGAUUUAUCGAACUAUGUUAUCUCGAACUUCAAUGCAUCUACUUCAAUAUCCUAUAUAAAUCUGGCAAACAAUGCCAUGCGAAAAUUACCGUCUUUUUCUGGACCGACCGGACAGUCAACAGGAAAAAUCAAGAAACUUGUCUUUCGUCAAAAUUACCUUCAUGAUCUGGAUGAAUAUUCUUUUCAGUGUUUACCAUUUUUGCGAAAUCUAUAUCUUGAUAAGACUUCUCUCGUAACUAUACGCAAUAACACAUUUGCACGGUUACCAAAACUUUCAAUGACUUACAUCGGUGAUCAUUUACGUUACAUUGAAGGAUUUGCAUUCAACUCUUCAAGUCUUAAAAAGAUUCCCAAUCUCUGGGAAUUGUUUACACCAUUGGUUAAGUUAGAGAAGCUUAUACUACAGAACACUGCCUUAAAAGCACUUCCUCGCAACGUCUUUCAGCAAAUGCCUAAUUUGAGAUCUUUGAUCCUUAUCGGGAACUACAUAAGUGGUUGGAACGACGACCCUGAAGUGUUUGGUAACGUAACAUCACUACGAAGCUUAUAUCUUGACGGAAAUAACAUAAAAGUUAUAAACAAGACGCCAUUUCAGGAAAGUUUCCUAAAUUCGUUAGAUGAAUUUUGUAUCACUGAUAACCCCUUUUCAUGCACGUGCGAUUUGAUGUGGUUCCUUGACUGGAUGAAGUCCACAAAACAUACGAAAAUUGUCAACUAUCCUCGGAGAUAUACUUGUAGAUUUCCUCCUGAAAUGAACAACGUGCUGUUGAAGAAUUACAAUCCUACUGUGGAAACGUGUUCACGUUUGAAUUUUCCACUCAUCAGAAACAUCUGUAUCGCUGUAUUCGUACCGUCAGCUAUCAUUCUUAUCGCUAUAUCACUCGCCUAUAAAUUUCGUUUCCGACUAAACUACUGGCUUCACAUUCUUGGAAUAAAGAGAGUUGGUUACAAACGAAUUAAGGAUGACCGGGACUACGAAUACGAUGCUUUCGUUAUCUAUUCAAAUGACAACAGGGACUUUAUUUUCGAUCACAUGAUCCCAGAAUUGGAGGAGAAAGCUGGUUGUAGGCUAUGCGUACAUGAAAGAGAUUUCGAGGUAGGGCGGUUCAUUCUGGACAAUAUAACGAGAAAAUUUGAGGUCAGUAAAAACAUCAUUCUUGUCUUGUCCAGAGAUUUCCUAAACAGCGAAUGGUGUAAGUUCGAACUUGUGUUGACUCAGUCGAAAACUGCAUUGGAGGGCCCCGGGGUGUUAACGGUGAUAUUACUUGAGGAACUAGACACUGCUGUAUUACCUUCCUCUGUUCGGGCUAUCCUGGAUACCGUCACAUACACUGAAUGGUCGCAAGAGAACGUUAGGCAGAGCAGAAUAUGGGCCAAAGUGAUAACUGCAUUGAAUACAAACGGUUUAAGUGGUGAAGCUCACUGA